UUCUUUUCACCUCUCUCUUCCUCCUCACCCGUCUUCUUCCUUUCUUCUCUUCACCCAUCUCAUCUCGGUUGGCAUCUCCUCCAACUCGGCCGUCGAUGAACUGCGUGUCUGAAAUGGUCUCGUCGUAUUCAGGAAUAAAAGGCCGGUGUUCAAUUUCAGAAAAUCCUAACACUAAAAUAUUACGAAGGACGAGUGUGGCUUUGAUGGUGGCCACCUGUUGAUAAUAAUGGAGAUUUCAAAGAUUUUCCGAGAGGCCUAGUAUGGUUAUGUUGACGUGGAUUUCCUUUGAAAUUUAUUCCUGGAAACUUUCAUGUGGGGAUCUUGUUGCUCUUGACAUGCGUAACAGUAGCCUUCUGUACUUGUGGAAGAGAGCCAAGUUCAGCUAAAACUUCUUAACCUCAGUCAUUCACAUGACCUUGUCAGAACCCCCCAUCUUCACUGGACUCUCAAGUUUUGAGAUAUUGAUUGAAUCUUGAAGAAAUGCCCAAACAUAUGGAAAAAGUGAAAUCUUUAAGGGUCUUUCAUGCGGAUGGAAUUCUUAAUUUCGUCAGUAGAUCGGCCCAAAUAAGUCCAGUUCACCAUCCUAACAUCAGAAGUUUGGGAUAUUUGACUUAUUUGAGUAUUACCUGAUUGAACUGAAUCAAUUUUUAGUUUUGGCAUCUUGGCAAACAGCCCUCAUCUUAAAUUGACUUUCAUCUGGUGAAGGCAUUGGGAGAAAACUCAUCCUUCGCCAAAAGACGAUAUUUGGUUGAUGCCUUUUCUUGGUGAGGUAGCGUAGACAUAUGGAAGGUGAUCAGACCCUUUAUUAAAAGCAUACACAUGCGACUCUGAAGCAAUCAAGACAUACAAUACAGAUACAACGUAUGAAAAAUGCUAUAUUGAUUUCAUUUGAAAUUUUUAUCAUCUGAUCCUAGAGAUAUAGUUCUCAAACAGCAUAUGUAUCCGAAGAUAAUGUAUUCAAACAACUAACGCAUUCCGUAAAACCAUUCCUCCCAACUCUGCAACUUCGAUACUCUGCAACUUCGUUAGGAACUGCUCAACUCCUCUAUCCCGUCCAUCUCCUAUCAACCUCUCCUCAAGAUCUCUUUUUUUGGGUUUGCUCAUGUUCUAUUUGGGUCUUAUUUGUUGGGCUAUGGUUCCAGAAGGCAUUAUAAGCCCUAGUCUCUUCAUAGUAAAAGAAAAAAAGGCCCAUAAGCUAAAGAAGAAGAGAUAAAUGAAGAAUAACAGGAACUGCACUCUCGUCUCUGUCUCUCCAGUCUCCUCUCUCAGAGCGUGCGAUCUGCCUCAGUGAGUCUCUUAUCUAGACUUAAUAAUCUGCGAUCUCCCUCUGUCUUGCACUCUCAUUCUCGCUCACGAAUCACGACGCCCAGACUCUCGCCUUGUCAGCAUCUCCGGCUCUCAGCCACCCCCUCUGUCUCAGGGUGUCAGGAGAAAGGCAAAAAUGGAAGCAUCGGUUUUUGCUUAUUUUUCUAUUGGAUUUUUUGGGUCCAAGAGAUAGCGACCCAGAUAGUUUUGAGUUAGGUGAUGGAGGAAAAUUUCAUUAGAAAAAGUUGUGAAGAGGAAGAAGAAUAUGUUUUUCUUGAUCUUGAUGCUGUUGCGGGGUUAGUUGACCUUCCACCAAAUGCACCAUAUGUUCUUUCGGGUUUGGACACUUUGAAUCCAAUAUUAACCAUAGAUGACAAAUGGAAGCUGGUUGGUGAAUAUGAAGAAACAAUCGGGACAUGCCUUGUUUUCUCUGAGAAUGAUGCUGCUCCUGUUGUUCAUGAAGAGACAGGUCCAUCCGAUGCCAACCUUUUCACCGGUGCAUGUAUAAUGGAUCCCAACCUGCCUCCAGUCAAGCAAGUAACACCGAUUGCACGCCUUCAAAAGAUUCUGAAGUUUAGAUUAUUAGAGGAAGAUGAUGUUCAAGAUGCAAACACUGAACACCCCAAUUCGAGCGUGUCGAUGGAUACGCCACCGGCCAAAGCUGAUGUACGGUCCCAACAGUGAAGAAAUGUUCAGCAAUGGAUUUGGGGAAGUAUUUCAGUUUAUGUAAAGGUGAAGUUACAACUUAGAAGCAAUGUCAAAAACCCAAAUAGAUUAUCCAACAAAAUAUUUAAGAGAAGUUCUUUUUUUUU